UGUGACUUGCCAACAGAAUUGCUCCGUGCCUAUUUCCGCUUUAAAAACAUGCAUACUAAGUACAUAAUUACGCGUAUUGCUUAAUAAUGUAAAAUUCACUUUGUGACCUAAUUGUAUCAUUUAAUACCUACAUAAUUAGUUUAUUGCAUUACAGAUAAUGCAAACGACAAUAAACUAGAAACCGAUUAUUUAUUCCGUUACCUGAGACCACAAAUGUACUAGUAUUUCACCAAUGUCUUAAUGGCGAAUUAACUAAACACCCUCGUUAGUGCUUACUUCAACCUAUAUAAGUGACUUUCUUCUGAGUAAAAGUCCAGUAGAAAAAGAAGUAGGUUGAAAUGCGGCUGUCACUGUUGUUGCUGGCGGUCUGCGUCGCGCGCUGUGUCCACGGUCUGGGCACACUCGACGACAUCAUCGGGAUACCGGGCAAGUUGGCGGACCACGCCGGCGGCCUGCUCCAUGGACUCCUCGGGGGCAACGCCAACAGGAACGUAUGCGACCGCAACGUAUACCAAGAUUACAGUAAGGCCGUUACCUCCUUCCAUCACAAACUGUACACCAGUGUGGCCGCCCGAAGUAACGAUCACUUCGUAUUCUCUCCUUAUACGGUAUGGCUUUCUCUAUCGGCUCUAGCUGAAGGAGCCGACCCUUCAGUCCAACGCCAAAUCUUCGCCUCUCUCUACCUCCCCGAGGAAAACUGUAUCCGCAAGAAGUUCUACGAAAUCGCCGCCAACGUUGAACAAUCUGGACGAGAUGUAAUCUUCGACCGGCGGCGGAUCCUACUGCUGGACGAGGACCUCAGGGUGAACCCUGCGUGGGGUCAGACAGUGAAAGCCCUGGGUCUCCUUAAAGCAGGGUUUGCUUCGAUCAAGAACAACCCGCGGCAGACGGUACAGCGAGCGCGGAAGUUUAUUGGCACGCAGGCGAACAUUCCUUUGAGCGGUAACUCCGUGAUUCUGGACGCGCUGGAGUACCAGGGGCUGUGGACGACUGCUUUCCCUGAGGCCGAUAUACAGAGACAGCCAUUCUACAACGAGCACGGCCUGAUUGUGGGCAAUGUGGACAUGAUGCACAUUCGGAAGAGAGUGCGGUUGAUGCAGGCUCCGUUCUUGGGCGCUAGGGUGGUGGAGCUACCGGUCGGCGUGGACGGGCGGUACACGAUGCUGAUCGCUGUGGGUACGGGGAACAAUGUCCUGCGGAACGCGAUGGCAAUGUUCAUGGGCUCCAUCCUGGAGAUAUUCUCGCUGCUGCAGAUGAGCCUGGUCCCGCUGGAUGUCGCCGUACCGCGGUUUUCUAUCUCCUCGGAGUUUGACAUACGCGCUGCGCUCGAAGACUUUGGCGUCAAAUCGUUCUGGAGGGAUCCUUUGGCUACUAAAUACAUAUCAGAGCCCUCAGCACUGCCUGGCAACUUUAUCCAGCGCGUGUUAGUCAGUGUGGACAGCCAGGGCGUGGAGCCACCGCCUCAGCGGCGAUACGUGAACAACAUCAUAGGCAGGGGACAGGACUUCAUUGCAAACAGACCUUUCUUGUUCGCACUGUUCGACACUGCGACCAAAACCUGCAUCUAUGCUGGAGCUUACUCCAAACCCAACCCGUCCGGUUGA